AUCUCAUAAUAAUAAUAAUAAUAAUAAUAAUAAUAAUAAUAAUAAUAAUAACAAUGUAACCUAUACAGUGUGCAAUGGCAUCACUUCUGCGCAUGCGCACGAAACGUUUCAUUAGCAGGGCUAGUUUAAAAUGCAAUUUAUGCCGUUUUAUUGCGACUAUAUAUUAUCUAAUGGGUGUGAGGAGUCGGUGGCACGUGCUAACAAGAGACGAUGAGCGGGAUAAUAAGGAAAAGGGGGCGGGGUGAAGAGGCGGGGCACGUGACCGCCCUCCAAUCAAUUAAUCAAUCAGUGGUGAGGGUCAGAGCCAUGAUGAUGCGAUGAAUCGUUCAAUAGAGACAGAAUGAGCUUAUUAUUAUUAUUAUUAUUAUUAUCAUUAUUAUUAUUAUUAUUACUCACUAUUAUAGAUGAUCAUCAUCUCCACUGUAGCAUCGCAUAUCGAUGAUAAACUCACAAUAAUUUAAUAAAAUGUAUAUUUUAUAUUGCAUUGUUCUAUUUUGUAGUAAUAUUAACCUUUGUGCAAGCAGAGUGUGUUUACGCAGGCUUGGCUAGUUACUAAGUAUGGGUCAUGCAAAUAUACUUAUUUGCAUAUUUGGUUUGAAUUCUCCAAUCAGAAGCUUGGAGAGGCCUACAGUUAUAUCUGAAUGUAAAACUGUCACGACUGCAAUCUUUCAUUAUUUUUUCAUGUUGCCUUUAGUGGGGGUAUUUAAAUACCGUAUCUAGCUAAUUAAUCAAUUAAUUGAAUAAACAAAGUAAACAAUUCAAUAUCUGGUACAAGAUCUUGGUGAUGUGAUGAUAUUUUGCUGAUAUACUGCAGGUCCUUUUUCUUUUGGCGGUAAAUAAACAAUUUUGUUUUGGGUUUUUGUUGUUGUUGUUGUUGGUUAUUUUUGUUUUGGAAAGCAGCGCCUUGUUGUAGUUGGUGUGAGAAUGUCCUCAAGUUUCGUAGUAGUUUUUUUUUUUUUUUCUUCCCCCUCUGUCUUACCUGAACGCUCUGAAAUUUCCGGGCUCGGUUUCAGCGCGCGAUUGGCCAGCGCGAGGUCUUACCGACAUGCAAAUGAGGGCGCGCGCGUUACACCCGCCCGGUGAGCAGCAGGAGACCGCGCGGACAGCCGAGCGAACCGGGGGUGGAAUGCACACUCUGCACGAGCCGCGACUUUUACGUACAAACAGACAGACACACACACGCACACACACACACACACACACACACACACACACACAUACUCCUACACACACAUACACACACACACGCACACACACACACACAUACACACACACUCUUUUAUACACACACACACUCACAUAACUUUAUUUCGUUAAAUGUAGCCUAAUGUAGAGAUAUUACACAUGGACCGGAUUCGUUUAACCUUGAUUUAGUCGCGUGAAACCGACCGUCCGACAGCGUUUGAGCCUCCCGGUGUUUUAAUUUUUUUUUUUAUUCAUUUAUUUAAAUUUUUUUUCAUUUUGGUUAUGAGGUGAGAAUGAGCACGAACUCUCAGGACAAGUGCGCGAGCGCUCCGGUUUCCAGCUUCACCAUCCGCUCCAUCCUGGGCUCGCCGGCCGACACGGGAAGCUCAGCGGAAGCGGACAAGAGCCCCACGGCGGCGGCCCCGCGGAAGCGCGCGCUCUCGGUGUCCGUGUCCUGCUCCGAGGAUGAGGCGAGCGGAGCGGAGGCGGAGGACGCGGCGGACUGCUGCUGCUCAGAGCCCGGACUUCCGGAACCGUGCAGCCGGCAUCGCGCGCUCACUUUCCCCUGCCUCGGUGCGGCUAAAACUCUUCUCCCGCCGGGACCGGAAGUGAUGGACCGCGCGCACCAUCAUCACCUGGCGCAGUCAUUAUUACCGGAUUACCGGGAGGAGCAUCAGCGCGAGCGCGAGAGGGAGCGCUCGUGCGGACGUGUGUCUCCCGUUUCCUCGGAGCAGCAGCGCGAGGGAGCGGAGAAGCAGACCGGAGGAGCAGGAGGAGGAGGUGGAGGAGGGGGGAGCGCAGCGAAGAAGAAGACGCGCACGGUGUUCUCGCGCAGCCAGGUGUACCAGCUGGAGUCCACGUUCGACGUGAAGCGCUACCUGAGCAGUUCGGAGCGCGCGUGCCUGGCCUCGAGCCUGCAGCUGACCGAGACCCAGGUGAAGACGUGGUUCCAGAACCGCAGGAACAAGUGGAAGCGGCAGAUCUCCGCCGAGCUCGAGGCGGCCAACGCCGCGCACGCGUCCGCCGCGCACGCGCUAGUCGGCGUGCCGCUCGUGCUACGGGAGAACUCGCUGCUGCGCGUGCCCGUGCCGCGCUCCAUCGCGUUCCCGACGCCGCUCUACUACCCCGGAAGUAAUCUACCCCCGCUGCCCUUGUACAAUCUCUACAACAAAGUCGAAUAUUAACU